AUGACACUAAGGAAAGUGAACAUUUCCAUCCUUAUAGUGGCUGUUGUGAUAUUUUUGCUAGUUCUUCAUCAUAACUUCCUAGGCCUCAGUGACUUCUUGAAACGGGAACUGUCAGAUUCAAAUCCAUUGGGACUUCAGCCUGUAGAUUUCAUACCUGCAGUUCCCCAGAGGCUGGCAGAUGGAAGGAAUGAUAAGGAGAUUUCUGUGGUCAUUGCAGCAUCAGAUGAGAGGCUCGGGGGGGCCAUCGCAGCCAUGAACAGCAUUUACCAUCACACCAGAUCCAACGUGGUUUUCUAUAUUGUUACUUUGAACGAUACUGUGGAUCACUUGAGGCUGUGGCUGAGUAACACUGCUCUGAAAAAUCUGAGAUACCGCAUUUUGGAUUUUGACCCUCGUGUCUUAGAAGGGAAGGUACAAGUGGAUCCUCAAAAGGCAGACACCUUAAAACCAUUGACCUUUGCAAGAUUCUACUUGCCCAUGUUGGUGCCUCAUGCAGAAAAGGCCAUCUAUGUGGAUGAUGAUGUAAUAGUGCAAGAUGAUAUUCUCGAACUCUACAACACUCCAUUGAAACCUGGACAUGCAGCUGCAUUUUCAGACGAUUGUGACUCAACCACUAAUAAAUUUGCUUUCCGUGGAGCAGGCAAUCAGUAUAAUUACAUUGGGUUUCUAGAUUACAAAAAAGAAACCAUCCGAAAGCUUGCCAUGAAAGCCAACACCUGCUCCUUCAAUCCAGGAGUUUUUGUUGCCAAUUUGACAGAAUGGAAGCUACAGAACAUCACUAAGCAGUUGGAGAAGUGGAUGGCACUUAAUGUAGUAGAAGAACUUUACAGUAGGACUCUGGCCGGCAGCAUCACGACACCUCCACUGCUGAUUGUGUUUUACAAGCAACAUUCCAAUAUUGAUCCCAUGUGGAAUGUCCGGCAUCUCGGGUCUAGUGCUGGAAAAAGGUACUCUCCUCAGUUUGUGAAAGCUGCCAAGCUGCUCCACUGGAACGGACACUUCAAACCGUGGGGAAGAACAGCUUCAUAUGCUGAAGUCUGGGAGAAGUGGUAUGUCUCUGAUCCUACAGGCAAGUUCAGCCUGAUCCGCAGACAUUCAGAAGCCUACGAAGCCAAGUAGAGUCAACGUUAAUAAAUGAUAACA